AUGUAUAAUGCUAUGAAACAUAUUUGUGAAGAACAUGGUAGCCGAAAAUAUCGUUUAUUACAUAAUUUCGAUAUAAUACUUUAUCUAUUUUGGUUGGGACGAAUAUUAUUCAUCGGUUUAAUGUAUUUUGAUCCAGAAACAUUCCCGUUAUAUAAAUGGGAUUAUGGUUCGGGUUAUUUUUGGCAAAAUCGUUAUAUUUUUAAUAAAUUUCUUCUUAUCAUUCUCAUAUUUAUUGUAUUGGGUGGUUUUUUAGGCUUGAAAACAUUUUUCUAUCAACGUUCCGAUCAACUUAGUUUUCAAGUAUUAUAUGAUUGUGUUGUUUUCAAUACUGAUCAAUAUUGGAAAAGUCGUGAUUCAGAUGAAAAUGUUCAAAUUAAAAAAUUUCGUCGUUUUCGCCAUUAUCGUCAACAAUUUAACCAUGAUCAUCGUUUUUUAUCAAUGAUAAAACCAUUAGCUAAUCGUUUAGUUUCAAUACGUGUUUGGUUGGAUUCAUGGUUACAAAUGGAUCGUAUUGAUAGAAAAUUAUUUCAACAACAUAAUCGUAUGCGAUUGUUUCCAUAUGCACCGAUCAAAGGACGUAACUAUGCAUUAAUGUUCAUUUUGUUCAUUGAUAAUUGUAAUUAUUUUGCCCAAGUUACAUAUUCCAUCCUUUAUAUUAUAACUGCAUUAAUAGUUAAUAAGGAAUUAUUUGCAUUAACAGGAAAUUCAAUGGGAAAAAAACUAGGAAUAUUAAUUGAAGAAAUAAUAUUUGGUUAUAAUGAUGUUACAUUAAUACAAUCUAUAUUAUUAUUAUCAUGUUUAAUAUUAUCAGCAUCAUUAAUCUAUCAUUUUGAAUUGAUAGAAAUGGAUAAAAAUUUUCAAAAAAUUUUAAAUAAAACACGUAAUGGACAAUCAAUUACCGGAAAAGAUUUACGACAAUUACGUUUCAUUUUCGAACAACAUAUUCGAUUAUCCUAUUAUAUAUUAUAUAGUGAUAAAACAACAUGGAGUCAGGCAUUUUAUUAUUAUGCAUUAAUCGGUAUUCCAAUCAAUGUAACAUUAAUGUGUGAAUUAAUUGUUGAAGAUAUGUCAAUCAAAACAAUGUUAUUAUUUGUAUCAAUUACAUCAAUACAUGCUGUUACUAGUUUAAUACCAUUUUUAACAACAGCCUAUGUAUCAUAUGAUUUUUAUAAAUUAAAUAAACAUUUACCUGCAAUGCAAUUACAACUAAAACGUUCAACACAUUUACGUUUAAAGCUAAAAUAUGAUGAUCUUUAUGGACGUUUAAUUUCGGGUAGAAAAAUUGCCCAUACAUUUGGCACUUUGGGUAAUCUUACAUUUCGUGGCCUGUUUGAAGCAUUUUUCGGUUAUAUGGUUGCAUUUUUUCUAAUUCUUGGUUUCUAUAUCAAUGAACAUCAAAUCAAUCAAUAA